AUGAGGAACAUCUCCCUUCUCACGCUCCUUUCUGCCACGUUGGUGGCAGCAGCUCCAGCACCCUUUGUCAGCUCUGGUCCAGCGCUCGCUGCACGCGCCGAGAAUAAUGUACUCCCCGCCACACACUUCGGCCGCCGAGAGGAGGACAUUGUGCAGGACUUCAACCCUGAUGUCGAGGUCGCCUCUGUCCUCGAUCCCCAGGAUGACGAAGACUCCGAAGAAGAUGCUAUUGCUGCUAGGAAUGUGAACCAAGCCCAAGCUCAGGGCAACGACGCAGAGAAGGCUGCGGCCGCUCAGAACAAAGACGCAGAAAAGGCUGCGGCAGCUCAAAACAACGAGGCCGAGAAGGCCCCAGCAGCUCAGAAUAACGAGGCCGAGAAGGCUCCAGCAGCUAAGAACAACGAGGCCGAGAAGGCCCCAGCAGCUCAAAACGAAGCCGAAAAGGCUCCAGCAGCUCAGAACAACAACGCCGAGAAGGCUCCAGCGGCUCAGGACAACGCGUCCGAAAAGGCUGCAGCAGCUCGGCAGCAGGAGCUCGAGAAGGCCGCAGCUGAACAGGAGGCCGCACAAGGGAAAGCCGACCAACAACAAGCUCAAGCAGAGAACAAGCAGAACCAGCAAGCAGCCGAACAAGCCAAACAGGGAGCUGCUCAAAACACCCCUGGAGCCGUCAACAACGGUGCUGUUGCAAACUUGACUGCCGGCAAUGCUACACAGGGCGCUGCAGGCAACGGAACCCAAAAUGGCGGCAAGGGCAAGAAGGGCAAGGGAAAGAAGGGUAAGGGCAAGAAGGGCAAGGGUAAGAAGGGUAAAGGAAAGGGCAAGAAGGGCAAGGGCAAGCACGCAAAGGGCAAGAACGCUGACGGCAAGGGCAAGAACGCUGACGGCAAAGGCAAGAACGCUGAAGGCAAGGGCAAGAACGCAGAGGGCAAGGGCAAGAACGCAGAGGGCAAGGGAAAGCACGCUGAUGGCAAGGGCAAGAACGCCGACGGCAAGGGCAAGAAUGCUGAUGGCAAGGGCAAGAACGCUGAUGGCAAGGGCAAGAACAACGACGGCAAAGGCAAGAACAACGACGGAAAGGGCAAGGGCAAGAACGCCACACUCGACAACUUGACCCUCCUCGAAGAUGCCAAAGCUGGUCUCCAGGCCGGCCAGCAGCAACAGCAGCAGCAAACACAGCAGGGUGGCGCUGGUAACCUCAUCGGCAACCUCCUCAACCUCCUCCAAGGAAAUGCUGCCGCUGGAGGUCAACAGGGUGGCGCUGCAGGUGCCGGUGCCGGCAUUGCUCAGCUCGACUUGAGCAAGCUUGGUAUCAAGGCCAACAAGAAGAAGAGGACCACCGCCUUCCGAGCCUAG